AGUCAAGAUCUGGCUCCUACAACCUGUGGAAAACAUUCUGUACAAGAUGUUCUGCUGAGACAUGAUCCAAUGUGCAAGAAAGCCUUCAAUGGAAAGUGCAAGCCCUUCAGCAUUUUGAAACAGAGACUGCAGGGAACAGAAAUCAUCACUGUGAAGAAGCAGGCCCCACAAAAGCUAUAGCUAAAAUUGAAGUGUAAGCAACUAGGGAAGAAAUCUAACUGGAAGCAGGAUUUUGUUAAUACUUUUCAAUCAGCCAAGCAGGUCACAAAAGCUCUGAAGGAGGGCCACCCUCUUCCACCUCCUCCCCCGCCAAGAAUGAAUCCAGACUAUAUUCAGUGUCCACACUGCUCACAGAGGUUUUGUGAGGCUGCAGCCCAGAGGCACAUGGAGUUUUCUGAAGAACAAGCUGUCUACUAUGCUGCAAAGACCACUGGACAGGCUUCGGACAAGCAGCCAUUGACUCAGAGAAAAACUCCAACAUUAACACCUGCUGUGUUAUCGCUUCUGGAGAGAGUACAAAAAGGUGCCAACACAGACAAACCUACCCUAGAGACCUCUUUAGAAAUACUGAAGAAAACUGCAAAAUCUUGGGGUGUAUCUACUGGGAAAAAUUCUUCAGGAAAGUUUGGGUAA